AUGGUGCAAGCAGCCAGAUUGCCUCCAAUUCUCCCCGUCGAAAACCCCACAGAGCCGUUCUGGCGCACUGAGCUCCAUCAGCUCGAUGAACUUCGAACUACACCAAAGCUGCCUCAGCGGAGCGAUAUUGUGAUUAUCGGCGCAGGGUACUCCGGAAUAAGCCUCGCGUACCACCUUUAUAAACAGCUUUCCCACUCUGAUCAAGCGGAGCCCGCAAUUACCGUUCUGGAAGCAAGGCAGAUAUGUUCAGGAGCGACUGGACGUAAUGGUGGUCACUUGCGCCCUGAUCUAUACGGGAAUAUCCCGAAGUAUAUCGAAAGGCACGGCAUUGAGGCUGGUGCGGAAGUCGCGAGCUUUGAGAUCGCGCACAUAAAGGCACUUAAAGAGCUCGUAGCUGAAGAGAAUAUAGAUUGCGACCUGAACUUAACCCGGUGUAUGAAUGUCUACUUGAAUGAAGCCGAUGGAGAGAAAGCAAAACAAACCUACGAACUUCUUGUUGCCCAAGGACUUGAGUACACCCCUGACAUUCAUUACACUCCGCAGAAGUAUGCGGAAAAGAUAUCCGGAGUCAAGGGUGCCAAAGCAUGUAUAUCCUACACAGCAGGUACUCUAUGGCCUUAUAAAUUGAUAUUAGGGUUGCUGUCGAAGAUCGCAAGCUCGUCCAUGGUCAAUGUCCAAACAUCUACCCCUGUUACCUCAGUGACUACCCAGGAUGGCUUCCAUUUUGUUCACACACCGCGAGGGUCCAUUACCGCAUCAAAGGUCGUGUAUGCGACCAAUGCGUAUACUUCGGGUCUCCUGCCUCAGUACUCUGCGAACAUCGUGCCGUGCAGAGGCAUUUGCUGUCACAUCACAGUUCCAGAUGGCAAGGACGCCCCAUUCCUUCCCUACACAUAUCUCAUAAGGUCAGCGGAAGGAAAUGGCCAAAGCUACAUGAUCACCCGUCCAGACGGAAGUGUUAUAGUCGGCGGUGCUCAACACACCUUCGAACACGACAGAGAACACUGGUAUAAAGUGACCGACGACAGCACUCUUAUCGAGCCAGCAAAAAACUACUACGACGACUACAUGCAACGCACUUUCAGAGGGUGGGACGAAAGCGGCGCAUACGUCAAAGAGAUCUGGACUGGUAUCAUGGGAUACGCAUAUGAUUCAGCUCCCCACGUUGGCGAAGUUCCUGACCAGCCUGGAAAAUAUGUAUGCGCAGGGUACGACGGCCAUGGUAUGCCGGUCAUCUUCCUUGCUACCAAGGGACUCGCAGACAUGAUCCUGCAUGGACACACUUUUGAGGAUACUGGUCUUCCUCGAGUUUACAAGUCAACGUCUGAGAGACUAAAAAGAGCCGCUGAUGGUCCUGAAGGCGGGGAUAUUUUUGGAUAG